GGGUUUUUUAAUUUUAAAAGAAAACAGACACUGGACACAGUCAGUGCUGAGCUGAAAGCUGCUGCAAAGUCACUGGAGAGGAAGCAUGAAAACAGGACUGCUGUGCUGAAUCCUGUUGGGCUGGUGAGUGGUCACCAUGAGUUUUCAUACCGUCCUGUAAACCAGCAUCAUGAAUCAUUUAUCUAAAUUGCGAUUGCUCCAGUCCCUGUGGGCUGUCAGACGGCCUUAUAGAUUAUUCCAUAACCAUCACCAGCUUCUUGCAUCUCAGAUUAUUGCACACUAUGAAUCUAUAAACCGGUGUGAAAAGGAGCUGCCAGAAUACUUCAACUUUCCAAGUGAUAUCCUGGACAAAUGGUCUCAAAUGGAAAAGGAUGGGAGGAAACCAGCAAAUGCAGCAUUUUGGUGGAUAAAUGACGAGGGAGAGGAGGUGAAGUGGAGCUUUGAGGAGCUGGGAUUUUUGUCCAGGAAAGCAGCAAAUGUGCUCAUUGGCCCAUGUGGUUUGAAGAAAGGAGACAGGGUUCUGAUGAUUCUGCCUCGGAUACCUGAGUGGUGGCUGCUGACCGUGGCUUGUAUGCGAACAGGAAUUGUCUUUAUUCCAGGGGCAUCCCAAUUAACAGCCAAAGACAUUUUCUAUAGACUCAAGGCUUCUCAAGCCAAGUGCAUCAUUACCAGUGAUAUGCUGGGACCUGCAGUGGAUUCUAUCAUACCUAACUGCCAAUUUCUGAAAACCAAGCUAAUUGUGUCCAGAGCCUGCAGGGAUGGGUGGCUGAACUUCAAAGAACUCCUCAAGGUGGCAUCUGCUGACCAUAACUGUGUCAAGACGAAGAGUCAAGACCCCAUGUUCAUCUACUUUACAAGUGGAAGCACAGGAGCUCCAAAAAUGGCCGAACACUCCCACAGCAGUUAUGGCAUAGGAUUUGCAGCCAGUGGCAGGUGCUGGAUGAAUCUGACCCCCUCUGAUAUAUUCUGGAAUACCUCAGAUACAGGCUGGGUAAAGGCAGCCUGGGGCAGUGUUUUUGCUCCAUGGGCAAAUGGAUCAUGUGUCUUUAUACACAACAUGCCACAAUUUGAACCAUCAACUGUUGCAGAUACUCUUUCGAGAUAUCCUAUCACUACCUUCUGCACAGCUCCAACUGCCUACCGCAUGCUUGUGCAGCAUGGCCUUACCAGUUACAAGUUCAUGAGUCUGAAACACUGUGUGUCCGGAGGAGAGCCACUCAACCCAGAAGUGAUGGAGCAGUGGAAAACUCAAACAGGCCUGGAUAUCUAUGAAGGCUAUGGCCAGACUGAAACAGUAACAAUAUGUGCCAAUAAGAAAGGAAUGAAAAUUAAAUCUGGCUCUAUGGGACAGGCAUCUCCACCUUACGAUGUUCAGAUUGUGGAUGAGCAGGGUAAAGUUCUGCCUCCAGGAGAAGAAGGUGAUAUUGCCAUCCGCAUCAAACCGACAAGGCCCUUUUGUCUUUUCUCUCAGUACUUAGAUAACCCAGAGAAAACUGCCUCUACAGUACGAGGGAACUAUUAUAUCACUGGGGACAGAGGGAUUAUGGAUGAAGAAGGAUACUUUUGGUUUGUUGGAAGGUCCGAUGAUAUCAUUAAUUCUUCUGGGUAUCGUAUUGGACCAUUUGAAGUAGAAAGUGCCCUGAUAGAACACCCAGCAGUCUCAGAAUCAGCUGUUGUCAGCAGCCCAGAUCCCAUCAGAGGAGAGGUGGUAAAAGCCUUCAUUGUCCUGGCGCCUGCUUUUUUAUCUCAUGACCCAGAAAAAUUAGUUCAUGAACUACAGGAGCAUGUGAAAAAGGUUACUGCUCCCUACAAGUAUCCCAGAAAGGUGGAGUUUGUUCAAGAGCUGCCAAAGACUGUUGCUGGGAAAAUCCAGAGGAAGGUACUGAGAAACAAAGAGUGGGGAAGAGCAUAGCAUGGUCUGGACGUUCAAGAGCAACUGCUUCUUUCACAUCCAUCAUCAUCAAUCAAGCCAUGUUUUGCUCUCUAUCAUGAACAAAAACUGUUAAUAGAAUGGAUGAGACUGUUAGCUACCAGUGGAAGAGAAAAUAAAAUUU